AUGGUUCGAGCUUUUCAUCACCAAGGCAGCAUGCAAAAGUCCAAGUCUUUUCAUUUCAGGAAGAUGUUUGAGAUUCCAGGGAAACAUAUUCAUGGUUUAUUUGAUAGAGAUCAUGAUGAAGGUGAAGAUGGUAAGGUGUAUUCAAAAAGCUUUGAAUCCAGAAGUACAAGUGACCUGCCAUUGGAAGUUAAGCAAACAGGACAUGGUCUCAAUAGUGAUCGUACACCGGCAGCAAGCAUGGGUGCUGAUGUACCUAAAAUGCCUCCUAAGCCACCAACUGAAACUGACAUGAUGAAGGAAAAGUUUGCUAAGCUGCUUUUAGGAGAAGACAUGUCAGGUGCAGGGAAUGGUGUUUCUUCAGCCUUGGCUUUGUCCAAUGCUGUAACAAACCUGGCUGCAUCUGUUUUUGGAGAACAAAAACAGCUGGAGCCAAUGUCCUCAGAAAGGAAGGCCAGGUGGAGAAGAGAAAUUGAUUGGCUUCUAUCUGUGACUGAUCAUAUUGUUGAAUUUGCUCCAUCAAAACAAAUAGCUAAGGAUGGAACAAGCAUGGAGAUCAUGACUACUCGCCAACGAAACGAUCUGCUCAUGAACAUCCCUGCCUUGCGCAAACUCGAUGCAAUGCUCCUUGACACAUUAGACAACUUUAAAGAUCAAAAUGAGUUUUGGUAUGUCUCUAAAAAUGAUGAAGAGUCUGAGAAUAACACUAAAACUCAAAGGAAGAGUGACAAGUGGUGGCUACCAACUGUUAAAGUUCCCCCAACAGGGUUGUCUGACACAGCUGGAAAAUGGAUACAGUCCCAGAAGGACAAUGUCAACCAAGUACUUAAAGCAGCCAUGGCAAUAAAUGCUCAAGUACUAUCAGAAAUGGGGAUUCCUGAAAACUACAUUGAGUCUCUCCCUAAGAAUGGUAGAGAAAGCCUUGGUGAUUCAAUCUAUAAGAACAUUACAGUGGAAUACUUUGAUCCUGGGCAAUUUCUCUCAACAAUGGACUUGUCCACGGAACAUAAGGUGCUUGACCUCAAGAACAGGAUUGAAGCUUCCAUUGUGAUAUGGAAAAGGAAGAUGGUCAACAAGGAUGGAAAGUCUUCUUGGAGUUCAGCGGUGAGCAUGGAGAAGAGGGAACUCUUUGAGGAGAGAGCAGAGACAAUAUUGUUGAUGCUCAAACACCAGUUCCCAGGACUUCCACAAUCUUCACUUGACAUUAGCAAAAUCCAAUACAACAAGGAUGUGGGACAAGCCAUUCUAGAGAGCUAUUCAAGAGUAAUAGAAAGCCUGGCUUACACAGUGCUGUCAAGGAUUGAGGAUGUCUUAUAUGCUGAUUCAAUGACAAAGAACCCUUCAUUGGCAGUGAGUAGUAGAAAGUUUUCAUUGGAUUCUUUACCAGUGGCUGAGCAAACUUCACCAAAUUCUGGGGAUGAAAAUAGCAACUCACAAUCUUCAGAGCCUGCAAUGACUCUCUCAGAUUUCAUGGGUUGGGGAUCAAUCAAGGUAGGGAGUGAAAUGAAGAAGACUAGCUCUACAGGAGACUUAGAAGAGUUGGAUGAAAACGAUGAGAAGGGUAUGAAUAAAUCUCCUAAACUUACAACUCCAAAAAAAGCUUACUACUUGGAGAAGCUUGAGUACUUGAAUACUUUAAGAAGUCCCAUAGCUCGGAACUAA